AACAUACUCCUGGUAACUGGCCUCACAGCCUACACAUUCUACCACUUGCACCCGUACGCAACAGCUUGGUCAGAAUGGGCUUUACGUAAGACUAGUCUUUGCACGAUUUUUGAGACUGAUGUCUUGGCUUAUGCCAUUUUGGGCGGAUAUUACAUCUACUGCAUUAGGGUUAAUCUAGAUCAUGCAGCUCUGUUGGGUCACAUGAGGGAUAGAGCAAUCAACCCUAUAUUGGAUACUAAUUGGGUUUGUACAGGAACCUCGGCUUGUGGUUACGGAGGUUCGUCUGCCUAGAAGUGGUACGUUAGAGAUGGUUUUAGAUUACCAUAGCGUCUUCGGCGAUACUACAAACACCUAUCUACGGUUUCGAUUAGGGGCCACCUAUAUUGAUUACGGGUUGGGAAUUUUUUUUUUAGUUAGCUGGACAUACGUAUGUAGACCGGGGCUCAUCUUCGGGCUGUGGGGUUGAUGGGCGGGACUGGGCCUCGUUAUGUACGGAGUAUGGCGUGUACAGG